UUUCUGUAAUUGUUUUUCUUUCCCAGAAGGACCAGAGCGGGGUGGGGCGAGCAGUGCCGAGGGGCUGGAGCUCCCCACGCUGAGUGGGCAGCGAGCCUUGCAGGGCCUGGUGUUUUCCCACUUUUCCACUGUGUGUUGAGGAUUUUGGGAUGGUCUAGGCUCUUGCUACAGAACCUGCUGGGGGACUUCAUGCUGCAAGAAAUCAUGGAAAAUGGCAGUAGGAACCCCAACAGGAGCAGUGUGUGCUCCUGCAUUCCUUGCUCCCAGAGAGCAGGUUCCCAUCCAUCCACUUGCAGAGGAACCGUCAGUCCUGUCGCAACAACGGGGAAACAGGAGUCUGUGAGGGGGGUCCCGGGAGGGCUGGAGCCCCCCAGCCAUGGCCUGGCCCUUCCCUGCUGCCCAUUCUCUGUUUUGGGGGGAUUUCUGCUGCUUCCCUUCAGGCAGCGACUGGAGCCGGACCCUGCGCUCUGUGCAGCACCUCCCGCCUCUCCAGGGGGCGCAGGGGGUGGGAAAGGGGCUGGAGAAGGGAGUACCGGGCUGGGAGAAGAUGCAGAGCUGGGAAAGGGGGUCCCGAGCCUGGGCAGGUGGUCCUGGCCCAGGCGGAGCGGGGGGACCUUCGGGGGCUCUCCCACAAGGUGCUCGCUCCACACGGCAGCGGCAGAAACAGGUUUUGUGGGGGAAAAAGCCCAAGCCCUGUGGGGACGGGCCGGUGUCCCGGGGGAUGGAUGCCCGGAGCCGGCCGGUGUCCCAUGGGAUGGAUGCGCGGGGCCGUGCCGGUGUCCCAUGGGAUGGAUGCGCGGGGCCGUGCCGGUGUCCCAUGGGAUGGAUGCGCGGGGCCGUGCCGGUGUCCUAUGGGAUGCGGGGGGCCGUGCCGGUGUCCUAUGGGAUGGAUGUGCGGGGCCGUGCCGGUGUCCCAUGGGAUGGAUGGGGGGGCCGUGCCGGUGUUCCAUGGGGUGGAUGAGGGGGCCGUGCCGGUAUCCCACGGGAUGGAUGUGCGGGGCCGUGCCGGCGCCGGGGCGGGGAAGCGCCGCGUCCCCUGCACGGGGCAGCGCGGGGGCGGCGCGGGCGGGGCGGGGAGAGCGCGGGGAGCCGGUCCCGGAGAGCGGCGGGGCCGCACCGCACCAUGCCGGGGGUGCCGGGGCCGCGGGGCCGCCUCCCGCCGCUGCUGCUGCCGCUGCUGCUGCUGCUGCUGCCGCUCCCGGCCGCGCCGGCCGCCCAGAGCUGCCUCAGCAGGCAGCAGCUCCUGGCCGCCAUCCGGCAGAUGCAGCAGCUGCUGAAGGGGCAGGAGACGCGUUUUUCCGAGGGGCUCCGUGUCAUGAGGAGCCGGCUCAGCUCCCUCCACUCCACCCUGGCCAAGGCAGCUCCAGAGGCACUCACCGUCUCCUGUCCUGCCCUCCAAGCCCCCACGGAUGGGAGGAAGUUCGGCACCAAGUACUUGGUGGAGCACGAGGUUCACUUCACCUGCGACCCAGGUUUCCAGCUCCUGGGCUCCAGCACACGGAUGUGCCAGGCCAACGGCACCUGGAGCGGGCAGGAGCCCCGCUGUGAAGAGAUCAGCGAGUGCUCGAGCAGCCCCUGCCAGAACGGCGGGACGUGCCUGGAGGGGCUCAACCAGUUCAGGUGCCUCUGCCCCCAGCAGUGGACUGGAGCCACCUGCCAGCACCGGGCACAGACGGCUCCUCCCGCCUGGAGCGUGACGGACGACCCCGCGUUCAGCCGCCAGCCCCGCUGUGCCCAGGUGGCCCAGGCCCAGCAGUGCAGCUGCGAUCCCGGCUUCCACAUGAACGGAACGGCCGCCAACGGGCUCUGCCAGGACCUCAACGAGUGUGAGGUGUUCCAGCGGGAUGGGGGUCCCCGGCUCUGUGCCCAUUCCUGUGUCAACCUUCCCGGCUCCUUCCGCUGCUCCUGCCCCUCCGGAUACGUCCUCCUGGGAGAUGGCAAGAGCUGCGAAGACAUCGACGAGUGUUCCCUCUCCCAGGAUAACUGCACGGGCGGGAGCACCUGCAUCAACACCGGGGGGGGGUUCCAGUGCGUCACCCCCCGGUGCCCCCCGGCCGUCGGGAACGUCUCCUACGUCAAAACCUCCCCCUUCCAGUGCGAGCGCAACCCCUGCCCGAUGGAGAGCCGGUCGUGCCACCACGCUCCCAAAACCAUCUCCUUCCACUACCUGCCGCUGCCCUCGCGGCUCGUGGCUCCCACGCCGCUGUUCCGCAUGGCCACGGCGGCGGCUCCCGGCCGGCCGGGCCCCGACAGCCUCCGCUUCGGGAUCGCGGGCGGGAACAGCCGCGGGCACUUCGUGGUGCAGCGCUCGGACCGGCACACCGGGGAGCUCAUCCUGGUGCAGAGCCUGCAGGGCCCCCAGACCGUCCAGGUGGACGUGGACAUGUCCGAGUACCUGGACCGGGUCUUCCAGGCCAAGCACUUGUCCAAAAUCACCCUCUUUGUCUCCGCCUAUGAGUUUUAGGGGAGGCGGCGCUGGCGGCUCCCGGGCCCCGCUCAGCGUCCUGUCCUGAGGUGCUUCCCAGGUGGACUGACACCUGCCUGUGUGCAGGAGGAAAACCCAAACGAGGUGGAAAAGAAGUGGGAAGUGGGGCUCCAUCCUCACCCCCAGGAGGGGAUGUCCUACAGCCACCUGAUUUCCUUAGGAUUCCUGCUUUUUCCUUUAGGAAGGCAGUGAAGCAGAGCAUGUGGGAGGAGGGGGGCUCCUGGCCUUUCCCGCUCUCCUCCCUGCUGGCCUGGGAUUGCUUGGACCCCGGCUCCCUAAAAACAUGCCUCUGCUUCCCUUUGGAUGCUUAGAAUCUCCCCGGAGCCUGCUGGGGAUUGAGGUCCAUGGCCUUUAUCCCCUGGGAUUGAUCAGGGCUGGAAAACUCCAUGAACAUCCACCUGGCUGGCUCCUGGUGCCCUCCUUGGCAAGCUGGGCAAAGGAGGAAUCCCAGCGCUAUCCCUGCUCCUUAAACCUCCCCAGUGGGAAUCCCCCAUGGAUCUCCCUCAUCGUGACCUCCCGGCUGCGUGUGGAGGUGGGAAUAUUCCCUGCUCCACCAGCCACAGCUUCCAUCCUGGUGUAGGAGCGCUGGGGAGAGCUGGGAUUCGGCUCUUCCCGGGGGGAUUCACCCCCGUGCUUGUGCAUGUUCUCCUGACAUUCUGCAUGUUCCCACAUUCUGCUGGAUUUAGCACAAUUAAAGGAUGAUAUAAAGGA